AUGACACAGCCGAGCUACUAUGUUAGCAAAUAUGCCGGAGAAUUCUGCAAGCUGGUGGUGGAGGGCGAUUUCAGCAAGGUUAAGUCGAAGUUCAAGGAGUUCGUGCUGGACUACCAAACACCGGAAGAUCUCAAUACGCCGCUGCAUCUGUCUAUCAUUGCCCAGCAGAACCGCAAUGAAAUUAUUCAGUUUCUGGUGGAAUCGGGCGCGGACUGCGAUCUGCGCAACUCCAUGAACCUGACCGCCUCGGAGCUGGCGAUCAACCUGAACUUUAUCGACGUGACAAAGUUCAUGCUGGCCGUCGAGUUCCGCAACCUGACGGACUACCGUUGCUUUUACCGGCUGAUACGGCGCGGUUCGGUACCGCUGCUGCAGCUGUUCCUGGAGCUGAAAUCGUUCGACGUCCACCAGCAGAUCGGGUACGUGUCGAGCGUGUGGCACGAGCUGUACGUGAAGAAUGUACCGCUCACGAAGAGCAUGGAGAACUUCCUCGAGUACCAGCUGCUGAACUACAGCUACGCCUAUCACCACCCACCGGCACACCGGCCCGACCGGCCAAAGUUCGACAAGGAGCUCGAGCAGCGGAUCGAGCUGAUCGUGGAGUACACGCGCUACCUGACCAAGCACUACGGUGCGACGGACAAUCUGAACGACUACGACGACAAGUUCCUGCUGGCAAUCAAGAUCGUGUACGACAAUCUGUUCUUUGUGCGGGAGAAGCGCGAACUGGUCGGCUCGGUACCGGUGGACGAGAUCUGUCGGCUGCUGGCGGUGUUUCUGGCCAUCUUCAAGAAGGCACCGCAUUACGAGGUGUACAAGCUGCUACUGAACAAACGCACCGUGCUGCAGUUUCUGUCCGCCGUGAGCGAUGAGCUGGAGCGGCUCAAGUGCGAGCUGGUCGAGAACCGUGGCCAGUCGAGGUGGUCGAAUGAAUUGUUUUUGUGUCUGAUGUGCUGCAUACGGGACGCCGCACCGGCCAAAUCUACGAAGGCGAUCAAUGCGCUGUGGCGCAAGAAGUGUGUGCUCAAGAAGAAGCUAAUCUAUUACGUGAAGGCACGCCUAAAGGCGAACCCCGAGCUGAACGCGAUCCAGGCACGGUAUGUGAACAAUCUGUCCAAGGCCGAGCUGGAGGUGCUUCGGCACGAGCUGCGGGCGAACGAGUUCGUGGAGCUGACGCGUUCGACGGGACGCCGCAAUCGGGUGACCUUCUGCCGGUUGCGCAAAACGUACGAUCAUGUGAUGCAGCUGUAUUCGAUCAAGAAGAUCCUUCGCUACUUGGAUGGGAUAGCACGGAUUCAGCUGCCGCAGUAUCAGGUGUCGGGUGUGCUGGCCCUCAAACGUACGCUGCAGGUGAUCGCGGAAACGGUGGCCAACACCCGCUUUUCGCCGGCUAUUGCGCGCAAGCUGGACAGUGUGGUGCAUAAGAUACUGCCCCUGAACUUGGACGUCGAUGUGCGGGAUUUCUAUCAACCCAACGUAUCGCUGUACAAGAUGUGUUCGGACAAGCUCGAAACUGGUCGGUUACUGCCGUUCGCGGAAGUGCAAUGUAGCCUCAAGUCGGUGCGGCGUUACUUCGCCUACGUGCACGAUCUGAAGAUGCUGGAAGCGUACAAAUGCUACCUGGGCAAUGUGCAUCAGCUCAAGAACCAUCGGCAGGUGGCAAGCUACAAUCAGUACGUGGGCGACGCGAAUCGAAUGUACUUCGAAAAUCACACACUGGACGAUCUUCACUUCGAGCUGGAGGAUUGCAUACGCGUCGUGGAGGAGCUGCAGGAAACGUUCAGCCAGCAGCAGGACGAGAAGCUAUGUGAUCUGCUUCGGUGCGUGUAUGGACCGUUGGCACAGCGCUUCGAGGCGCUUACGAAGGGUGCGGAAGGGGGGGAGCGUGCUGCGCUGGCAUCGAUCAGUGCGAACUUUAACACGGUAAUGCAGCUGUGCGGGACGGAGAUAGACAUGGCGAAGGUGCGCCGGAUCGUGGGAUCGUUUCUGGCCGAAAGCUACCCCAAGUACGAUAUCUGCAACGACGAGCAGUUGCUGCUGCUGAACCCGCUCAUGCAAGAGCUGCUGCAUCUGUUCACGAACUAUCUCUACCAGUACCAGAUGGAUGAGCGAGUGACGAAGAACUUCGUGACGAUGAUCGAGGUACUGCACGUGGGUCGGUACAUUGCCGUCGACCACUUUUUGCCGGAACGAACGAAACCUUUUGAUAGUUUGCUGCACCAGAACUACACGAACGACAUACUGAAGAAGUUUAAUCUGCAGAACCUGAGUUCGAUCGAGUUUGCAGUAUUGCAUGAGCAGCUGUCGCAGAGCUAUUACGACAAUUGCUACAAUCUCGAUAAGAAGUAUGCGGUGCUGACGAUGUUCUUCAAGUCCACCAACCGACAGGUGAAUGAUGCAAUUGUGAAGCGCAACAAACGGAUGGAUCGGGAAGAGUUUCAAUCAUUUCUGGACGCCAAGUUGAAGUUUAUUGGACAGUUUUUGCCCUGCAGUGACUUUAACGAGGUGACACAAUUCAUCAACGAAGCGGCCCCGCACGUGGAGUACGCACUGGAGCACUGCUUGCUGGAGCUGUGCGAGAUUCUUACCGAUCUCGGUGUGUUCCAGGACAAUCAGUACGUGUUGAAGCUGCAGUCGGCGAAUGUGAGCGGUCGCAAUCUGCAUGACUAUCUGCGGCAGGAUGCGCUGGAGUGCGACAUGCUGACGCUGACGCACAGCACCAAGGUGAAGGUGUUUCUGAACGGGUUGAUCUUUAAGAGCAACGAGUUUAAACUGUACCAACCGCCGAGCAAUCAGAAGGCGAACCCGGAUGAGCUGCUGUCGAUCAACGAGAAUCUGAUCAACAACUACAAGAUGCGCUGGAGCUGGGUGGAGCAGCAGGAGCGAUUGUUCAAGUCGGUCGAAACGAUUGAUUUGAAGCUGCUGCAGGCUCUUACACCGGACUACGCCGACAUCCGGGGCAUGCGGUUGGGUGUGCUGUGCGAUGGCACACCCUCGACGGAGUACGAAAUCAUCGAUCACACGAUACGCAACAACCUGAAGCAGAUGGUCGACUACCUGUCGGAGGAGCUGCAAGCGAUCUCGUUCGAGAAGAAGCAAUUCUUCCAGUACGUGCUCGUACGUAGCUCCAACUCGCUGUUCAUCGAUGCACACUUCACACUGACCACGGUACAGGAGCGGCAAGCGACGAUUCUCUUCAUGGCGCUCUACUUCCGCGCGUACGACUUGUUUCUCGAAUGUGUAAAGCGAUUCGAACUGACGGUGAACCUCGGCAAGAUCAUCAAGUACAUCAAUCUGGAGUUUAUCGAGAAGAUCGCGAAGCAAAUGAAAGACAUCAGCUGGAACUGUCAGGACGGGAACGGCACGACAGUGCUAGAUCAGUGUGUGCAGAAGGGUGAUCUGCCGGCGAUAAAGAAGCUGAUCAAGCUGGGCGUUGACAUUUGUUCGCAGACGGCCGAUGGUACGUCCGCGCUACAUCGCGCGUGCAGCUUGGGCCACACGGACAUUGCCAAGCUGCUUGUCAAGCAUCACGUUCCGCUAUCCUCGCUAAGUGGAACCGAUCGCUUGCCCUUGCACUACGCAAUCCAGUACCAGGAGAAUGAGCUGCUGCCGUUGCUUUGGUGUGACGAUAUUGAUGUAAACUCGGACAAAAAUCGACUGGUGAAGCGCGCGAUCAAGUACGGCAACCUGGAUGCAUUGAAGUUCCUGCUCGACACACGGCAUGCGAAGCUUGCGUUCGUCGAUCAGCAUCAAAACACGGCGCUGCAUCUGUGUGCUACCUACGGGCGGCUGAACAUGCUCCGGUAUCUGUUCGACAGCCAUCGAAUCACGAUCGAAGAAGACAACCUGUUGAAUCGCCGCAAUGCUUGCUCCAAAACGGUCCUUCACAUUGCAGUGCAGCACCGCCGGACGGCAAUGGUUGCGCUUUUGCUUGACCGAGGUGUCGAUCCGAGCCCGGCGGAUGAUACGGGACGCUCGGCGUUUGAGUGGGCCGUCCAGGAGAACAGUGUGCGCAUUAUGAAGGCCUUCGCCAAACACACUCCAACGAUGCGGUCGAUUGCGGGUACGUCCGGUGUGGCAUCGCACCCACUGACGAUUGCGAUCGAGCAACGGAACGUCCGUAUGUUGAAGUUCUUGCUGCGGAAUGGAUGCAGUCUCGCCGGUGAGGCGCUGUGCCUGAUAAAGGCCGUGUACACACGAUCCCUGGAGCUGGUGCGGUACAUCGUGGAGCUGUGCAAGCCCGCCUUGCAGUAUCGCGAUCCGUACGACAGUACCCCGUUGCAUGUGGCGAUUGCGAUAGAAUGCAACGAGAUUGCAGCCUACCUGAUCGAAUCGGGCGCGGAUAUAAACGCAGUGAGCAAGUUCGGUGAUGCACCGUUGCAUGUGGCCGCACGGCAUGGUAACAUAGUGGCCGCUCGCAUGCUCAUCCUGAAGUAUGCCACCAUCGACGAACGGAAUACAUCCGGGCUGACCCCGCUGAUGCAGGCAAUGUACUCGCGUAACCUGGACAUCAUGAAGCUGCUGAUCGGUGCGGGCGCCAAUAUCGAUCUGCUGAAGCUACACCUGGCGGAGAUUGAGCAGCUCGCCAAACUUCCCACCAUCCAUAUGUUCGUCGACCAUUACGGGCUGCUCGAGUUUAUGGUGCUGCAGCUGCAGUACGACCCGAACGUGCGUGAUGCGCGCAACCAGCAGGGCCUGCUGCACAAGGCGUGCUACACGAACAAUCUGCAGAUCGUGCAGUUUCUAGUCGACUGGUGCCGGCUGCAGACGGAGCAACAGGAUGCGAACGGGCGCACACCGCUGGCGAUAGCGAACGAGUGCAAAAACUAUGAGGUGUCCGAGUUUCUGCGCAGCAAGAAGAGGAAAAAAUCUCAAAUCGCUCCCCAACGAUACUUCGAUCCGGCCGGUUUGAUGUAA